GCCACGUGAUCCUGGCCUGCAGUUCUGGGCUGCGGUGAGGUACCUGGACUCUGGAAGGGCGGGCGGUUAGGUCAUAAUCGCUGCCCGCCGACGGACUAUCCCGGGCUGCCAGGUUUAGGAGCAACGAGCUGGCUCAGGUGUUCUCUUCUUAGUGCCUAACGCACGGGUCAGCUCUUUUUGCUGGCGCCGCGGUCCCCACCUCUUUGCGGUGAAGUUACCUUUGGGUUUUGAGACCUCGGGGCCUGAAUCCCAAACUUGAGCCAAACUCCCAAAUCACAUCUCUUUUUCUCUCAUCCUCCAUCUUUGCCUUUGUACCACGGAAUAACUUGGGUUUUGAGCUGGCCGGCUCAGAUUUGCCCUGGAGGCCAACUAAGGGCGGUAAAGGUAACCUUGGGGAACGCGGCCCCCCAGUGGACAAAGGCUGAGGCAAAAAUAGCAUAGGCCUAAGAGCCGCAGGCGGAUGAGAAUAGGUGAUUGAAGACGUAAGGAGAAAACAAACGAACAAAAAAAUACUGCGGAUUUAGAAGGGUCUGGAAAGGACUUGUUGCACAAUGGAAGAAUUUGACUCUGAGAAAAAGAUGGAGAAAGAAAAUCUGGGGCCGAGAACGGAUUCUCCACUAGGGGAGCCGGAUGGAUCGCUUGGGUGGGUGCUACCAAAUACAGCUAUGAAGAAAAAGGUGCUAUUGAUGGGUAAAAGUGGGUCUGGUAAGACCAGCAUGAGGUCUAUUAUCUUUGCAAAUUAUAUUGCCAGAGAUACUCGGCGCCUUGGUGCAACAAUACUAGACCGUUUACAUAGUCUUCAAAUUAAUAGCAGUUUGAGCACCUACUCUCUCGUAGACUCUGUUGGAAAUACAAAGACAUUCGAUGUAGAACAUUCUCAUGUUCGAUUUCUGGGAAACCUGGUAUUGAACCUGUGGGAUUGUGGUGGGCAAGACACCUUCAUGGAAAAUUAUUUCACUAGCCAACGGGACAACAUCUUCCGAAAUGUGGAGGUUCUGAUUUAUGUCUUUGAUGUGGAGAGCCGUGAACUGGAAAAGGACAUGCAUUAUUACCAGUCAUGCCUAGAGGCUAUUCUGCAGAACUCCCCAGAUGCCAAAAUAUUUUGCUUGGUACACAAAAUGGAUCUGGUACAGGAAGAUCAACGGGACCUGAUUUUUAAAGAACGAGAAGAAGACCUGAGGCGUUUGUCUCGCCCACUGGAAUGUUCUUGUUUCCGAACAUCUAUCUGGGAUGAAACUCUUUAUAAGGCUUGGUCCAGCAUUGUUUAUCAGCUGAUUCCUAAUGUUCAGCAACUGGAAAUGAACCUAAGGAAUUUUGCCGAAAUUAUCGAGGCUGAUGAAGUACUUCUGUUUGAGAGAGCUACUUUUCUGGUGAUUUCUCACUAUCAGUGUAAAGAGCAGCGUGAUGCCCAUAGAUUUGAGAAAAUCAGCAACAUUAUUAAGCAGUUUAAGCUGAGCUGCAGCAAAUUGGCUGCCUCUUUCCAAAGUAUGGAAGUCAGGAACUCUAACUUUGCUGCUUUCAUUGACAUAUUUACAUCCAACACUUAUGUGAUGGUUGUGAUGUCUGAUCCAUCUAUUCCUUCUGCAGCUACUCUGAUCAACAUUCGCAAUGCCAGGAAACAUUUUGAAAAGCUGGAAAGAGUGGAUGGACCAAAGCAGUGUCUUCUUAUGCGUUAGACAAUGCAGAAUAUUGUUUUACACAAGAAAAACACUUUUUAAAAUCUUAAUGUUAUGUUCAUGUAUGUAGGCUCUGAAGUGUUAAAAUGCUUACCAUUAGUGUAUUUCUUCAUGUAUUUCUUCUCUGCUUCCCAGUCCUAGUGUUUAAUCUUGAGUGCUAUUUGCUUAAAUAGCCAUUGAGUAGUUAGAAGAUGAAUUGUUCAUGAACUUGGUAUAACAUAAAAGUAAAUGAUAUGUUAAGUGUUCUGAUAACAAGAUUCUAAUAAUGCUUAGGUAUUCUGAUGACUUUGUUCCAAUAGUUGUGUAUGCAAAUACCUUUCUCAGCAUUGUUUUGUGUUCCUUAUCAGAUAGUAAGUAAUACGUUAGUGGAAUAUUUACUGUUUCUCAGCAUGCAUUAAAAAUAUUCCUUAACUUCAAUUGUAAAUAAACUUUUGCUGUUAGGGA